UUUUUUCGUGUCCGCUGUCUUUUUUACAUUUUUCUUCCUUGUUGAACACUCUGUAUGGAACUAGACGAGUAUUACGAUAUUGACUCCAUAUUAGCAGAGCACACAAAACUUCCUUGCAUCCCACAACACGAUUUCAAAAAAGAAACAAACUUGAGAGGAGACGAUACAGAAGUAAAUCAUGGAUCUCGUGUUGAGCUGCCUUAUUGGAUAGCAAAGCCUCUAGCACAAUACACUUUACCCGGCAACGUCUCCUUAAUAUCAAUUGAGUUACCAAAGAUAUAUGGUACCAAAGUGAGGAAUGUAUUGGACGUCAGUGCCACCAGUGUUGAUUUCAAAAUGCUUUGUCCCUAUUUUUAUUUAUUCGGUAUUAAAUUGUUAGAUUUGGUUGUAGAUGAUUCUUUAGCUGGUGUGUUAGAAAAGGCAUUUCGAUCAAGAUUGAGAGAAAUUAUGGAUUAUUCACAAACAACAGGCUCUGCUACAGGACAAAUAUUUUUACAGAAAUUAGACGAAACAGAAAAAGAAUUAUUUAAAGCAGGACAAGAAAGUGCAGCCAACUUCAGACGAUGGAGAGACAGAGCCAUUCAUCAUAUUAAAGUAGCUGAUCUUGGAGUGCGGUCCAAAGCCCGAAUGGAAAUGAAUUCCUAAGUGGACCUAAUUGAAUAUAUGUAGACCAAGUGAAAAAGAGAAUAAAAGAGCGCGAGAAAGAGCUUUGUUCAUGAAGCAUUUUAUAAGUAAAAACCAUUAUGAAAAUUUUAUUGGCAA